AUGAGGUCGACUUCACAGGCUCUUCUGCUUGGAGCUAUGCUCCAGGCAGCCAACGCAGCGGACGUUGCUCGCGCUGCACAGAGGAAUCAUGCACGCGACAUCCCAGCUCCGACCAUAACAGCGUCCCCAAUUGGUAUCCUUGAUGAAUUGAAGCUGCUUGUUGGCGGUGAUGGUCUACGAAUCCGACAAGCAGAUUCAUCUAGUGAGCCCUUGAAAGUUACUAUCGCCCCCGAUAAGACAUGCGGUUAUUUGUCUGGUCAACCUGGAGCUGCAGUCACCUGUGAGAACGAUCGCUUGUGUUCAUGGGCAGCUUCGAGUGGUAUUGGUCUCGUCGCUUGUGCGUCUGAGAUUUACGUCUCUUGUGUUGAGUCGAGUAAGGCUGUUGAUCCAAAGCAAUGCAAUGACGUUUGUCAGAGCAACACCUUCAAUCUGUUAUGUACCAACUCCGACACGCCUUUCUGCCGUACGUAUGCCUACCCAAGUGGUAUCUUCGACUACCGAUGCGCAUCUACAUCUGUCGAGGAUGUCCAAUCCGUCAAGUUCACAUACCAAGGCCAGAAGAACGCCAACUUCGUCACUACAACUCUCAGCGAUGGUAUCGCAUCAGAAUCACUAUCGUCUACCAACACUGAUAGAGGCUCUGCCGACCAACCAAGCUCGACGGACACACAAACCGAGACAACAACUACUUCUGAAGCUCCUGAGCCUACAAAGAAGUCAACACCUGUCGGUGCUAUUGUUGGCGGUGUGGUCGGUGGUGUCGCUCUCAUCGGCCUCAUUGGUCUUGGUGCCGUCUGCCUGCUGCGCAGACGCAAAAAGGCUGAACCCGCCCCAGCACCAGCUCAACCAGUCAUGGCUCAGCAACAAGCUCCUCCUCCCGCCCCCAUAAACCAGAACCCAUACCCUCAGCAACAGCACUACCAACCAGCUGCACAGCCUUAUCCUGACCAUAGCAUGGCUGCAUCUCCUGCCCCGUCGGAUGCUCGUAUAUCGAUGAUGAGUGGACCUAUGUCAAGCGUCGGACCAGCUUCACCCGGGGGAUGGCAUCAACAACCAUCGCCUCCGCCAGCGUUUCACACACCUGCGCCUGCUUAUGAGAUGGCUGGUCCUGAGGCGCGUGAGCAGGAGCCGGUCUAUGAGAUGGGUUCUGACUCUGUGAAGAAGUAA